AUAAAUAUAAUAUUAAUUAUACUCAUCAAUGUUUCAUUAGCAUCCCUACUUGUCACAAUCGCAUUUUGACUCCCUCAAUUAAAUAUUUAUACAGAAAAAGCAAGCCCAUAUGAAUGCGGCUUCGAUCCACUAGGGUCAGCACGUUUACCUUUCUCCAUAAAAUUUUUUCUAGUAGCCAUUACAUUUUUGCUAUUUGACCUAGAAAUCGCUCUCCUUCUACCACUACCAUGAGCCUCACAAUCAAUUAACCUAAAAACCACACUCACUAUAGCACUAGCACUAGUUUCACUACUAGCCGCAAGCCUGGCCUAUGAAUGAACCGAAGAAGGCUUAGAGUGAAACGAAUA